CGCUCGUAUUUCCUCCUCCCCAGACCGAUCACUUCACCCAGAGAGCGAGUGGGAUCGCACGCCCAACGCUAGCCUUGCCAGUUGCCACCUGAUUGCGGCGCGCACUAGCUAGCUAGCUCUCGACUCUCGCUGGUUGUGGUUGGUUUAAAGGCGACGGCCCCCCUCGGCAUGCGCUGUCCUGCUCGCCCGGGAAAUGGCGCCCGCAGCUUCGAUCCUCUCGGCCACCUCCGCCGCCGCUGCUUCCAAGCGUCCGCCCGCUUCCGACGCUGAGCCGCUGCUGCAGGGCGACGGCGAGGCGGCGCGCAAGGGCCAGCAGCCGAGCAGGCAGCAGCAGCUGGAGUGCCCGCGCUGCCAGUCCACCAACACCAAGUUCUGCUACUACAACAACUACAGCACGGCGCAGCCCCGCCACUUCUGCCGCGCCUGCCGCCGCUACUGGACGCACGGCGGCACGCUCCGCGACGUGCCCGUCGGCGGCGCCUCCCGCCGCACCGGCGGCAGCAAGCGCCGCAGGGUCUCCGCCGAGCCCUCGCCGUCCGCGUCCGCGUCCUCGCCGCCGCAGACGACGGCGGGGGCCGACGCGUUCCUGCUGGCGCCGGACCUCUCGGCCUUCCCGUUCCUCAGCGACGGCAGCUUCCUGAUGCCACCGCAGCUGGACCUCGGCGUCGCACCGGCGGCGUUCUCCUCGUGGCAGUCGGUGGUCCCGGACUUUUACGACGGGCUCGCGCCGUGGGACGACGGCGCCACUGGCAUGACGGGUCCGUGGGGCGACAUCGCCGGCGGCCUCGAGCCCAGCUGGCCACCGCCGGGGAACUGAUCGUGGCAGCCGGUCGCCGUUGUGAGGCUCCGGUUUUAGCAGUGCGGCCUCAUCAUCAGGUUCAGGUAGCUAGUGCUUCAAAGUUCCUAGUAUGCAGUAUGUUUUGAUGAGCUAUAUAUCCAGCUAGGAAUGCAAGCAGCUCAAUUCUCCUGUGGUUUCGCUGUUUCUUCUCGUCCUUGUAACGAAAUGAAAUGGUGGCAAGUAGUUAGGUCGGUGGAUCAUGAUCUGUAGCUGCCUGGAGGGAGGAUUAUAAGAUCUGUGCAGUGAUUAUUGUGACAAUAAAAUUAAGUUUGUGUCAA